AUGUCGCCUCCGAAGAGCACUACUAAAAGGGAACAAGGAGGACGACAAGGGAACAAGACAGACAGUGAACGAAAAACAGGACAGAUAGUGAACGAGAACAGGACAGAUAGUGAACGAGAACAGGACAGACAGGGGAACGAGAACAGGUCAGACAGGGAACGAGAAACAGGACAGAUAGUGACCGAGAACAGGACAGACAGGGAACGAGGACAGGACAGACAGGGAACGAGGACAGGACAGAUAGGGAACGAGAACAGGACAGAUAGUGACCGAGAACAGGACAGACAGGGAACGAGAACAGGACAGACAGGGAACGAGGACAGGACAGAUAGGGAACGAGGACAGAUAGUGAACGAGGACAGGUCAGACAGGGAACGAGAACAGGAUAGACAGACAAACGAGAACAGGACAGAUAGGGAACGAGAACAGGAUAGACAGACAAACGAGAACAGGACAGAUAGGGAACGAGAACAGGAUAGACAGACAAACGAUAACAGGACAGAUAGGGAACGAGAACAGGAUAGACAGACAAACGAGAACAGGACAGAUAGGGAACGAGAACAGGUCAGACAGGGAACGAGAACAGGGCAGACAGGGAACGAGAACAGGACAGAUAGGGAACGAGAACAGGUCAGACAGGGAACGAGAACAGGGCAGACAGGGAACGAGAACAGAUCAGAUAGGGAACGAGAACAGGACAGAUAG